AUAGACCGUUCUUCUUUCCGCACAGAGUUGUGGGUAAAAGUGGUAAAAAGCCGCAUUCAAGGAAUUUGUGCACCGUCGUAAACAUGCAAUUUGAAGCACUCAUAAAUAAAUUCUUUUAAAACUGUCUCGCACCUAAAGGAAUGAAGAGAGAACUUAGUACAUUGGGUAACAAUAACUGCGAUUGUGUCCUGCUAUCAUAAAGGGUAAUAUUUCCAAUUCCAAUCAGCAAUUGCCAGCACCGAGGGUUUUUUUUUUGCCAUUUUCCUUGAAUGUAGCAGAAGAAGAUGGCUGCGCCCUGUAGAAGGAUGGCGAGUUGGUCUCUGCCAAGAUUUUUGUCUUGUUUUGGAGGGACUGCGGUAGGAAGCACUGGAUUUCGCCAGUUUUCCAGAACCGCAGUUUGUCGGGUGACUUUGCAGACCAAAAGUAUGACGGAUAAACCGAGUUCUCCGUGGACUUUGAUGGCAGCGGUUUGCCUACAGAGACUACCGGUCAUUUCCGCCGACCUCAGCCCAAUAGAGCAGCAAUUCGGACAUGUGAUGCACCAGAUGGAGUUGGAGAAAAGUGUCCUGUCGGACCACGAGCUGCAGCUGCUGGAGGACGCAGAGAGAAUGAGUCGGAAGCAGGCAGGAGACUACGACUCUGAUGAGGAGGGCAAGGAUGAGGAGAUCAUGUUGGCUCAGGACCUGGAAGACUCUUGGGAGCAGAAACUGAAGAGCUUCCAGCCUGCACAUAGGGUCAGAGCUGAUGUAGAUCAGGAUGUGACCUCAGUGCAGCGCUGCCUGGCAGAUUCUCUGGUUCUUCUGGCUGAGCAGCAGGUUGGCAGCCAGAAGCUGUGGCUGCUGCCUCAGACUCAGUGGCAGGAGGGAGAGACGCUGCAGCAGACGGCCGAGAGAGCACUCACUACACUGCAAGCGGCUGGUUUCAAAGCAACUUUCCUUGGCAACACCCCCUGCGGAGUUUACAAAUACAAACUACCCAAAGCUAUCCGGACGGAGGGCUCUGUGGGAACAAAGGUGUUCUUUUUCAAAGCCAUUCUGUCGGACUGUGGUCCCCCUGCAACCCCAGACACUCCUUUUUUGUGGCUGAAGAAAAGCGAACUGCAGCACUACCUAAAACCAGCGUACUUGAUGAAGGUAGACCACUUCAUCCUUGACUUCUGAGGCCUAAAGUCACACCAGGGGUGCUGACUUGCUUAACAGUAUUUGAGGCUUUGUCACUUAUCUAAUAGAAAGUUCUUUCAGUCAAUAUAAUAUGUAUGUUUCAUUGUAUAAAUAAACUCUUUUCCACACAUAUUUUGUGCAUCAUGGGUGUUAGCUUGGUGAA